GGUACCCCCUCUGCUGGGGAGACAUCGUACCCAGGGGUGUCCCCUCUGCUGGGGAGAAGAUACCCCUCCCGUCGCUCUCAGGGGUACCCUCUCUGCUGGAGAGAAGAUGCCCUUCAUCACCCCAGGGGGACCCGUCUCUCCUGGGGGGACCCCACCCCACUGCAGGAGAGAAAACUCCCUUCUUCCUUUCUCUACCCCAUAUCUUUUUUCCUAGGGGAAAGUUCUCAAGGCAAUGAGGAAAUGCUUCCUUCCUCCUUCUAACCCCUUCUCUACCCACCCCAAAUGCUGGGCAGAUUUGGUCUCAUUGGUGGCCUAAUGCAGUGUGUUUUGUAUUUGGUGUUUCAACCACAUGGUUAUUGCUGGAAAAUAGAGGUUAUCUCAUCAAUGCUAGAUAUGGGACACUAGGGAACAAAUUAGGAAAGCCUCACAACAGUCUUGUGAGGUAAGUCCAUAUCAGUAUCCCCACCAUAUUGAAGCGGAAAACUGUUGGAUGCAGAAGUGAAGUGAUGUGUCCUUGGUUACACUACAUGUCUGUGGCUGAUGCUCAAAACCUUGUGUUCUGAUGACAUGAUGCCAGUAGUGGGACUCCUAGUUAAUUGUGUGUUGGCUAGCUUAGUGGCCCUGUGUUUGACUGUGCUUGGGCACUGCAGUUGUUCUCAGUCAGGGUCAGCGUGCAUCAGCAAGGGGAAAUGUGCCUCUGACCACUCUAUUGAUUUAGUUGAUAAUUACUGCAUGAGAUUUCAGUCUCCAGAACUGUCAAUAUAGGAUCUUUCAGAAAUGUGAAAUUGACUUAAAAGUAAUAAAUAUUCUGGAGAGGCAAAUGGCAGAGACCAGCACAAGAAAGUUCAUAUAUUCUAUUAACAUGCAUUUUGUCAAUAGGAUUCCAAAUACUGCUUUUGAUGCCUAGAAUUAGCUCAUCUGUGGGUGGAAGAAAAGACUUCUAACACAGUUAUGGCAUUUCAGAAACCUUCAUUGUGAAAUUGUUUUUCUCCACAGAAUCGGGUGCUGCUGUCUGUGAAUUUUUUUUAAGAGCUGCCUGUGGAAAAGGAGGCAUGUGUCCUUUUCGACACAUCAGUGGAGAAAAGACAGUUGUUUGUAAACACUGGCUCCGAGGGCUGUGCAAGAAGGGAGACCAGUGCGAGUUCCUGCAUGAAUAUGACAUGACCAAGAUGCCUGAGUGUUAUUUCUACUCCAAAUUUGGGGAGUGCAGUAACAAAGAAUGUCCAUUCUUGCACAUUGAUCCGGAGUCUAAGAUCAAAGAUUGCCCCUGGUAUGACAGAGGCUUCUGUAAACAUGGUCCCCUCUGCAGACACAGACACACUCGAAGAGUCAUUUGUGUGAAUUACCUGGUGGGAUUCUGUCCCGAGGGGCCCGCUUGUAAAUUCAUGCAUCCCCGAUUUGAACUGCCUAUGGGAACCACAGAGCAACCACCACUGCCUCAGCCGACACAGCCACAGCAAAAGUCACCAUUCUGCUGCUGCCACCUUCCUUCAGCUGAGAGGGCAAAUGCGUGGCCUGUAGUGACAGUUCUGUUCCGGGACUGUCUGGAAGCAGAGGACCCCACAAGUCAUUGGAGUUAUGCAGUCUCAAAGCAACAACGUAGGGAACAGAGGUCCUCGGCCGUUGGAGCAGGUCACAUGUUACAAGUGUGGUGAAAAAGGACAUUAUGCCAAUAGAUGCACUAAAGGACAUCUGGCCUUUCUCAUUGGACAGUGAGACAGCAGAAAAAGAGGAAAGUGCAAGGAGGUUCUUUAUACUGGGGAAAGGUUUCCACCUAGCACUAUUUCUUGAACUAUUGAUCAGGUUGUUUUUUUUAUCGCCAUUAGUGAAAGAACUGUGGCCAGAGGCUGGCUGCUGAUAAACAUUUUUGUAACUGUCCAAUUUUUUAUGUUUUAACAUUUUAAAAUAGAUCUUGGCCUCUGCCUUCUUUCACUGAGCCUAGCUGGGAGGCAGAUCUAAAGGUAAAUAGAUGUGCAAGCCUUCACCAACACAACAGUCAGCAUAAUACACAUCUUGCUCCAAUGUGUUUCCAUAAUGAAUGGCCUUUGGAAGCCUCCAACCUUUCAGCAAUCCUUGCUCAAGGAUGAAGACAGACCAGAAGAACUAGUACUUGAAAACUUCAGUGAGGGAGCUUGUCAUGCAACUCUUGAAAGGAAGUUCCAUGAUCUCUUAUGGUUCACAUAACAUGUCAUGUGUACCAAGAUGUAAAGUAUUUGUCCAACUGCAAUAAAAGUUUGUAUGCUUUGGCUGGUAGCAUUUUCCCCCUG